CCGACCAGCCUGGCGGUUACAAGCGUCUCGCGUUCGUUCAUUUCAUUCAUUGCUGGUUUACCUCUCGAGCCGUGCGGACGUGUCUGGUGGUUGUCGCUCGUCGUCGUAGGUUUGUGGUCCCGGUCUCGGUCUUGUGCCAAACAGUUUUUACGCUUACGCCCAGCGGGUUGUUAGCUUGCAACAGCGUUUCGUUUCGGUUUCGAUACUGCAGUCCCGCGUGUGUGAGUCUGUGUAAUUACUCUGCCGUGCUUUAAAAAAACAAGAACAAGUGCUCGCGCAAAUGGUGCCAAGAUAGAAAUGGUGUUGGUGCUUCCGCUUCCACUGCACUGCAUUUCCCAAAAAGCGUGCCUAGCGUUCAAUUAUUAACAAAAAAAAAAAAUGAAGUGAAUAUCGCCCAAAGUCGCCAAAAUACUCUGGUGCGUUGCGCGGCCGGGUCAAUCGCGUGUUAGAGGGCACAACGUGCUCGCCCCGUGUCUCUGUGUCUGUGUGUGUAUGUAUGUGUACGUUUGUGUAAUUGUUCUGUGUGCUUAAAAUUCUAAACAAUUGCUCCACCCCGCGCGUCCGCUUAUCACGGUCAGUCACGGAAAACCGGAUCGCACAUUCCGGUAGCAUUGCUGCUGGCGCCAACUUCCGUCCAUAUUUCCGAACAGAACGGAGAGAGAGCGCAGUUUUAUUAGGCGCCCCCGGGAGGCCGUUUGAUGAUUUAUAUCGCACAGCAAUAUAAAUAAACCCGCCCGACCCGACUAACCGUAACCCGACCCGCUCAAGAAGGUCCGGAGAAGAGGCGAAACUUUUCUCUCUCGGCGUAAAGAAAAAAAAACAUAAUUGCAAACAUAACAGUCGUUGAUCCAGGGAGCAGUGAGGAUCCUGUGCUCUCGAUCGAUCUAGCGUGGUUCUGUCGUUCUCUGUGCGCAGAAAGUUCUUUACCCCAUCUCGAGUCUAGCAUCCCAGUCUCCAGAGUGAAAACGGACGUCUUACUCUUCGUCCCUAAUCGACCCCCCCCCCCCCCCCACCCAAAAGCGCAUCGCGUUGAAACGUCACGCCAGAGCGUUGUGCGCGCCGCUUUUUCCCACGUUGACGCCAUCCGAGAGUGAUGCAAUUGUGGUGCUGAUUUGUGGUGCUUUGCCCAUCCCCGUACGUUGUCCAACUAGCAGCAGCAUCCUACUCACCCAGCUAGAAAUAUUUCCAACCCCGUCGGUCGCAACGCCGCAACACACGGUCGGCAGACACGAACGCGCGUGGGGCGGCGAUCGCGGUUUUUUUGCGAGACUUUAUCAUCAUCGCUUAGUGUGGUGCCCCGUUGAACGGAACGUUCAAGAUGAAUCUAAUGAUGAAGCUGCUGGUGCUACUAUCGCUUCUGCUCGUCCACUCGUCCGGCCACCGGAUACAGCUGUCCGACUCGAUCCUGGACAUCAUCAACACCCGGCACGUCGAGCAGAUACUGGCCGAACGUCGGGCGAACGCGUCGCGCGAAAACGAAAAGCGCUACCUCGUCCAGAAUGACCUCGACGAGGACGUUACCGAGGACGGUGCCGACCUGUACCAAACGCCCGAGGUGGCGCUAGACUUUGAUUUUCACGGCCGGCGCCAAGGUGGUCACGGAUCGCGCCACUCCGGUUCGCCCGGCCAUGGUCCCGCGCUCCCGCACAACGGAUCCGGCGGCAGUGCCUCGUCGUCGUCGUCGGGCGAUCUGCUCGCCGAUCUGCACGCCUACCGGGGCGACAAGCUGCUGAAGUCGAGCAAGAACGCACUGCUGGUCACGCGCAAGGAGUAUCUGAAGAAGGACUGGUGCAAGACGGAACCGCUGGUGCAGCGGAUCCGGGAGGAGGGCUGCCUCAGCCGGACGAUCGUGAACCGCUUCUGCUACGGCCAGUGCAACUCGUUCUACAUCCCGAAGUCGCCGAAGCGCAGGCGCCACCACGCCGGCAAACCGACCGUCUCGAGCUACUCGGUCACCAGCCGGCGAGAUCUGGCGGACGGCGGUGGCGUCGGCGGGGGCGGUGGCGGCGACUUCGAGGACGAGGAUCUGACCGGGCCGGCGUUCCGCUCGUGCGCCUUCUGCAAGCCGAAGAAGUUCACCUGGAUGACGGUGACGCUGCGCUGCCCGUCGCUCGUGCCGCAGCUGCGGCGGAAGCGCAUCCAACGCAUCAAGCAGUGCAAGUGCAUCGCCGAACCGCUGAACUAGGAGAUGGGCGUCUGUGUGUGUGUGUGUGCGUGAAAGAGCAGUAUGUAUGCGAGUGUGUGCGUGUGUGUCCGGCAGAGUGAAGGUUAGGGUUACGUUUUGAUUAGUAUUAUUGUUCGUACGUAGGCAGUAGCUGUUACUAUUAUGUUUUGCCGUCGUUGUUUCCAACCCCGAGCCCGAUCCAAUCUCCCCACCUUCCAGGCAUGUGUGCACUUUGGAGCCAUCGUGCAUCCAAUUGGAAUACGGGGUGCCGGGGAAGGGGGUGGAAUUUUUAAACCAUAAAGCGCGCUGCUAUCACCAUUUUAGAAUUUAGUUUGGAGCCAUCUUUGUUGUGAAAGGUGAGGGUUAUGUUGUUGUUUCGUUUUUAUUGCUGUACGAUAUGAACCAAGCAGAGCAGAGAGCGAGAGAGAGGGAGAGAAGAGUAGGGAUGGCAGGAGACUCGAAACGAACUGGAACAUCCUUGUCAGUUAGCCCCCAUGCCAUCCCUCUCGAAUGGUGCGCGCUGGCCAACCUUCCAUUUACGUCCAUUUGCGCACGAGCACGAGGCGUUUGUUUUUGGGACGUUUGGGCCGAAGAUAAAGUUACCGCGAAGUGGUGGGCCGCGCCGCGGAAACCACGCCGUUGGACAUCCCCAUCCCCCCGGCCGUCCGGGGGUUGAGAUCCACCCGUAGGAAGGUGGUAAUUUUCACCCCGCCGUUCGCCCCCGGCUUUAGCGCUUAGAAUGAUGAAUGGUGCGCGAAUUUGCCAAAAGCGAACCUCGAGCGCGUGCGCAUGUACAUGUGGGCAUACAGCGGCGGCUCACCGUGAACAGGAAUGGUCACUACCUGGCGAAGGGGGGGGGGGGGAGGAAGCCCCCUCUCAUGUGGGUCACAAGAACGAGAACCGGUGGUAUUGCCCGUUUGAAUGGGAUGAUGUUUUAAUGAAACGUUUUGCGGGUAGAGUGCGCGGGAGCUAAAGAAACCCCCCUCGUUUGCCGGAUGUUCUGCCGCUCUGUGGCAAGAGUCGGAGCGAUGCAGUAACUGUCCUUUAGUGGUGGUAGUUUUCCAAUAGGUUCCAAUGUGCAGCGCGGCACACAAUAAUGAGCCGCAAAGUGUCUAGUAAUGAGCAGUUGGUUGCGGCACCCCCGGCAGCUGUCUAUCGUUGACUCAUCGCCGGUUUGCAGUGUGCAUCACUAUGCUUCCUGCAUUUGGCGCACGUGACCGCACGGUUUCGCACUGCGGCCACCGCAGCCGCUGGAUUGAUUGGAGCUCAUUCAUUCAGCUUUAUGGCCCCUUCCUGCCGGUCGGGCCCGGAUGAGUGAUCGCUUUGUGACGCUAACGCGUUCGCGCUCCAAAUUCAGCCACUGCCGCGUCUACUGCAACCACGGUACGUGCCCCGUACGCCGUCCAUGAACUUGGAGCACUUGUAUCUCUCUCUGUCUCUCUGUCUCUGUUGCGCUCAUCCCACUCUGAUGUCAUGCUUUGGUGGCCGAUGAGCCUCCGAACCGAGUCCGCAUCGAUCGUCGAUGAGAUAAUCUUCCGGUUCGGAGGGAUCAUAAGGUGGGGAGGAAGGGCUCCUACCGUGCCCGGAGCGAAUAAAUUAGUUAUGAUUGGAUGAGGUGAGCCGCGCGGGGACGGGUGGAGAAGAUGUCACCGAUCGGCAGAGGUCGCAGAUAUGUGUGCUGGGCCCGCAGAAAUCGGAUAGACUCUCGCAAUGGCGGUGUUAAUUAUGGACGACCGUUCGACUGCUUUUUUGGGCCCGUUGGACCCCUCGCCUCAUCUUUGGCUGGGGGUUUUGCUGUGCUCGCUCCUUGGCUCAGUGGCCGCAUGUAUCGGAUUUCCGUGCCGCCAAAACGACGCAAUAGGUCGGCCGGUGGUACGGUGAGUCAUGCCGACGUUUUGGCAUCGCACGAGCCUCCUGCCGAAUGGUGCCUGCGCGCGAGUAAUUCUGUCACCAGCGUCUGCAUAAGUCACCACCCAGCAGCAGCAGCAGCAGCGGCAGCACACCUUCGCUGUGGUGGUGUUGUUGUGCUAAAUUUGUGUCCAAAAUGCGUGUGUUUCUUUUUUGGCCGUUGGUGUUGCGCGCUCACAUCUGUGUGUAAGCCACACGGGCAGUCGAACGGAAUCAUCUGCAUUGGCGAGACCGGUCGGCCGAUGAAUCAGCACCGCUGGAGUUCCUGGCGCGGAAUCGGGCACGCGGGCGGCAGGGUUGCUGAUUGAGCCGGGGCGUAGAUCAAUUAUCGAUCGCGACGGGAAGCAGUCAGCCAGAGCGCUUGCAGUGCUUUCCCCGCUUGCUGGAUGGCAUUUGCAGUGGCAUCCGUUUAUGAUGCUAAUGUGUGUGUGUGUGUGUGUGUUUGUCCUGUGCAUGAGAGGGGGGGAAUGCAGGUUUGUAAGGUGAUGGAAGCCUUUCGGGUGUGUGAAUUUAUGUGAAAUGAUCUCCCGAUCGUACAUCGAUCGUUGUGAGUAGCGUGGGAUAGCUAUGCACAGAGAUGGAUAAGCCAAAGGAUGGAGCGCGCCCGCACGGAAUAGAAGCAUAAAUAGCACACACACACAAAUAAACAAACAAAAAGAGAGAAAGAGAGAAAGAGAUGAAUGGAGCCAAUAACAAUGAUAAUAAUAAAACAUGAAAUAAUGAAAUCGUAACCACCUUUCUAGUUGUAGUGCAACGAAUAUUUAUUGUAUAGCGAAGCCGAGAACAAGUAAAAAAGGAGAAAGCAAACAAAAGGUUUAUAAGCAGGAAAACGAAGAAUUGUGAGUCGCAGUUGGUAAGAAAUAUUACAAUCAUACAAUAAAAAAAAACGCAUAAACCAUGUAGAGGAAAAUGCAAGGAAAAGUAAACAACACAAGAACACGAAUGAAGAGCAUUGAAAAGAUGAAUGUUAGCAAAGGAAGUGUGUUUCGAGGCAAAGUACCAGCAGAAAAGCGAAUCGAAAUGAAAACACGAACGAAAUGCAAACGAGAAGCUAGCGACGAGAAGUUCCAACAAAACAAGUAAAUAAGGCAACAACAAAAAACACAUUUGGAAAAUCCCUUAAUAUUAAGCCAAUGGCACAUCUACUAGAGUGUGCGCGUGUGUGUCUGUCUGCGUGAGUGUGUGUGUGUGUACUUUUUUGUUAUAAUUUAGUCAGGUAUUUAUCGCAACAACACCAAGAAGAAGAAAAAAAGGAAAACGAAUGUUCAAUUAACCAGCAAAUGGAUUCAAUUCCAUUUUCCUUCAGUUCCCCGAUUCAGUAUUUGCAGUAUUGAAAAGCUACAAAGUCGUAGAAUGCAGCAGCCGCACACAUACACUGAAAUGAUCGUUGUUCUUGUUCCAUUUACAUGUGCGAUUGUUGUUACUCUUGCAGCACGCGCUGGUGGCUUUUGCAGUGGUAGAGUUAGUAAAAUAGUGUGAACAUAAAACAGCAGAGUGGAAAACAGAAGUCAUUUAGCUUCCAGAGUGGCAUUUUCAAUAAAUAGGAAACGAUGUCAACUGCUAA